CUGCGAUUUCAAUUCGGACAGACAGAAGAAGAAGAAGGCCGCUGGCGCUGUCUGGGUAAAAUCUAAACAAUGGGAAAGAAGCACAAGAAACACAAGUCGGAAAAACACACUUUUGAAGAAUAUGGAGAGCGACCCCUCAAGCUGGUGCUGAAAGUAUCCGGCAACGAGGUGACCACCGGUAGCUCCAGCUUGGACACUUUUUACGACGAGCAAUCGACAGAUUACGACAAGCCCAAAGACAAGAAGAAGAAAAAGAAGAAGGACAAGGAGAGGAACUGCGGAACACCCGACAGCGACAAAGGGAAAAAAAGGGUGAUUAAAAAGAGAAAAGGUCAAGAUGCAGAUGGAGAUGACGAUCGGGAAAGCUGCAGAACCCCCAUCCGGUCAGAGCUGGAUAAACUGGAAGCAGAGAAAGAGCAAAGUCCAUUGCAGGAAGCACUCAAUCAGCUCAUCAGGCAGCUCCAAAGGAAAGACCCCAGCGCGUUUUUCACAUUUCCAGUGACGGACCUGAUUGCCCCAGGCUACUCUUCUGUUAUUAAAUACCCCAUGGACUUCAGCACCAUGAAAGACAAAGUCAAGAAAGACUGCUACGUGUCUUUGGAUGAGCUCAAGGCUGAUUUCAGGACGAUGUGCGAGAACGCCAUGACGUACAACAAACCCGAGACCAUCUACCACAAGGCAGCGCGCAAGAUGCUACACUCUGGGAUGAAGAUCCUGAGCCAGGAGAGGCUGCAGAGCUUGAAGCAAAGUAUCCAGUUCAUGUCUGGCCUGGAUCCGUCUGACAAGGACGCCAAGUGUGAGGAACAAGGCUCUGCCUGCCUGCGGGUCAAAAGAGAGGUCCACUCCUCCAGCACGGACGGCAGCGAGCGCUCGCAGACGCCCGGAACGCCGAGACACGACAAGGACUCCAAGGACGACGGGGUCAUGAGGGAGCUGGAGGAAAUCCGCAAGGUCAUUGAGGAGUCCGGGGGCAAACUUUCCAACCGAGUGCUGCAGUGCGAAGUGGAGUUCUCCCGGCAGAGGUCCGACGGCUCCACCACUUUGGCUUUCCUCAACCCUGCAGAUCCAUCAGCGGGAGAGGCUGGCUACUGCCCCGUCAAGCUGGGCAUGAUGUCCACGCGCCUGCAGAGCGGCGUGAACUGCCUUCAAGGAUUCCGCGAGGACAAGAGGAACCGGAUCACUCCAGUGUCCUACACCUCCUACGGCCCCUUCACCUCCUACGCGCCCGCCUACGACUCCAGCUUCUCCAACGUCAGCAAGGACGACUCGGACCUCAUCUACAGCUUCUUCGGAGACGAGUCUAGUCUGCAGGGCUCAGACAGCAGCUUGUCCGACUUCCUGGCCAAAUCUGACGAGUACGUGUACAAGAUGGCCGACAACCUCCUGGACGCCAUGACCAGCGGCGAGCACUCCAAGACGCUGAAGGCGGCGGAGACCCAGGUGGAGCAGCAGCCGAGCAGAGACGACGCCGAGGCCGCCAAACCUGACGCUUCCUGCAACACGGAAUCUCCACUUCCGGCUGACGAGGAUCUCCCUAGAGACAUCCAACAGAAACUGGACCAGACCACCAGGCUCCUGCGAGACCUGCAGGAAGCGCAGAGGGAGCGCCUGAGCGCCAAGCAGCCGCCCAACAUGAUCUGCUUGCUGGCGCCCACCACCAAAGAGCUGGAGCUGGCUGAGAAAGUGACGGGAAACCUGACGGAGCUGACGGGCCAAGUGGCGCCGUGCGACAUCAGCAGCGUCUGGGCCAUCAGGAGGGCCAUGGGCGUCGCUCCCGACGCUCUCAUCGACCUCACGACAGUCCCGCAGAUGACGGAACCGAUGGACACAACGGAGGCUGUGCCCGCCGUCGCUGCCGUCUAAUAACCCGAGAGCAGGUGCCACAUAUCACAUCGACGAGAAGUCACAAGACGCCUAGCUAACAUUAAACGUUAGCAUAGCCGUGUGAGCUACUCACAUUUUAACAGCAACAUCGUGCUGGCUUAGCCUGUUCGCCGAACACCAAAAUGUUACAGAUUCCGGGAUUCUGAGAUCUUGGUAUCAGUUUGAGACGUGUAGUGAAGCCUGUUUUGUUUUUUGUUCCAAAAGCGGUGCUUAUACAGUAAACCUCGGAUAUAUCGGAUUCAAUUGUUCCCACUGGUUUUGUCCGAUAUAAGCGAAAUCCGUUAUAUGCGUAUACCGGAAAAUGUCCGUUUUACACAUAUAUCGGAUUUAUAUCCGGUAUAUGCGUAAAUGGGAUUUUAUCCGUUAUAAAAAGGCACUUCCUUGACUAUGUUUCCAAUGUACCUGGACGCGCAGGCAACGCUGCAAAUGACGUCGUAUAGCGGCCUGUCACGAUUCGGCGAAUCGGAGCACCACGAUGCGGCCAUCCGAUAUAUGCGAGGGAAAUUUCAUGGAAAUGCAUUGGAACGGUACUGGAGAUUUUGUCCGAAAUAGGCGAAAUCCGUUAUAAAAAAUCCGAUAUAUGCAAUGAAUUUUUAUUGGAAAUGCAUUACAGAAAAAUCGGUUCUUUUUUAUCCGUCCGUUGUGAGCGAAUUUCCGAUAUAUCCGAGUCCGAUAUAUCCGAUGUUUACUGUAAAUCGGUUCUAGUGAUACAUUAAAAAAAAAAGUCACUUUUGCAGAAUAGGUGACCUUACAGAUGUUAAAACAUACAAAACGUACAAAAAGUCAUUUUUAUUCAGUUGUGACAUUUCAUUCAAUAAAACGUUUUUUUUUUUUUAAUUAAA